UGGUGCUGAUGCAUCCUGACCCCACCUCCUCUGCAUAUCACAUUAUAACCUGGACACCAAGGCCAGGCAGCUCAUUUACAGAAGUGCCACGUGUGGAGAGACAGGCGAAUAGUCACACUGGAAAAUGGAGAUGAAAUACGCUCGAGCAGAUGAGGGAACAGAGAAUCUGAUUUCCAAUGCAGAUAUCAAGGAGGCAGGAAACACAGAAACUGACACUCAUAUGAUGAGACCUGGACCUCAGUUCUCAGGGACACGAUGCUACAGACUGGCAGCAGUGUGUCUUGGGAUGCUGUGUUUGCUCCUGCUGUUGAUCAUCACAGUCAUUUCUGUUUACUAUAAAGGAGCUUUUAAUGAUUUUGAAGAGACGUUCAGCAUGUUAGCAGCAAAGAGAGACCAGCUACAGGGAAAUUACAGCUCACUGAAGACGAACUACAAUCAGCUACAGACCAAUUACAGCAUCGUGAAAACAGAGAGAGACCAGCUAGCCAGUGCAGCGCAAAGACCCAGAUGUCCCUCAGGCUGGAUUAGUUUUAAUUUCAAAUGUUAUUACGUGUCUGAUCGACAGAAGACUUGGAUUGACAGUCGGGAGGACUGUAAACACAAGGGAGCAGAUCUAAUUAUUAUAAACAGCUUAAAGGAACAGCUGAUAUUCAGUAAAGACCAGAUAGCUUGGAUCGGUCUGACAGACAGUGGCCAUGAAGGAACCUGGAAAUGGGUGGACGGGUCACCACUGACAACAAGCUACUGGAUGACUGGGGAGCCCAAUAAUGUAGGAGGAAAUGAGGACUGUGCUGAGAUAAUCACACAUAAAGAGGCACUGAAAAAUUGGAAUGACGGGCAUUGCAAUCAAUUAAAAAACUGGAUUUGUGAGCAGGGAGAAGUUAAUUAAGAUGAACCUCAGACAUAUAUAAAAAUGACUGAUGAUGAUUAUUUUUGAACUGAAUAACAUGACAGUCCCUGCUAAGCAAAUGCCUUUUGUUAUUGAAGCCGUUAUGAAAAUUAAGAGACAAUAUUUAGUUUUCUUAAACAUUUCUUUGGUAGUAGUCAUGCUUUGUUUUUUUUUAUACUGGAAUGCAUUUUCAAGUGCUUUCAGAAAAAUCUAUCAAAAAUAGGUUAGUUGGUACCUUCGGCGGGGCUUAAUCCCCCCCCCCCCACACUAUGACAUCAUCACCUGUGAUUGACAUGUCCAGCUGCAAGCCCCCCCCUUCCUUCCGAUCCCCUCCACAACCCUAGCUAAAAUUAAAAUGAAUAAUUUUAAAGUUUUGUUGGGAUCAAUACCCCGCCGGGUCCGUGGAUGAGAAGAGAUUCACAGCACAGUCGAGGAGUAGUUGCAAGUCACCAGGUUAUUCUGAUUAUAAUCAGGGAGCAACCAUCUGACAUACAUUCAGCGUGUACAGGAAGGUGCUCAAAACAUCGGUAUCAGUCCUGUUCAUUUAUAGGCCUUCUGGGGUGUUGGCCCCCCCCUCUUUUCGGUACUUUCCACCUACGUGACCACAACAGAUUUUGGCUUUUGCUCUAGUUAGUGUGUGUGCAUGUUCCCAGAAAAGAGUAAAAAUAAGUGUCAGCUAUAUGAUGGGUUCCUGUUCUCUUACUGUCUGGUACAAGGUCACCCUGACCUGGUCUCAUGCUGACAG